GGGGGUGCUGCAGCUAUUGUGGCUGACGAAACACUUUCCGAGAUUGAGGAGCUUCUCCGCUUCUUAUCGAAGGAAGUGCCUCAGUGCAGGGCGAUUGCUUGCCACCUUCUUUGCUUCGCCGUCUUCACAGAGCUAGAGGAGGUGCCUCGUGAGCGAUCUUGCCAGCAGGGACCAGAUUGCCGGAAGGCAAUGUCUUGGCCAUCAUCCACUGCAUCCUCAGACACGGAUGUGCCGGCAGACCUGCCAGAAGUGAAGCACCUGGACAGGGGCGACGAGCCGGAGGUGCCAGCUCUCCCGCCUCCGAGGCUGCCAGGAUGUCCGACGUUGAAGGCAAACACCACCACACUGCCGGAGAAGCAUGAGACUUACGAGGUCAUGCCUGAGACCAAGGCCUCGGCUCCAUGGGUGGGAGCGAUAUCGCCGGUGAAAGAGGUGCUAUUACCCGAUGAGCUGGAACAUGACUCUGCCAAGGAGGCGCACGACUUGGCAAGCCCUGGCGCUCGCAGCCUUCAGGACAUGGCAGUGCCAGAGGAGCACGUCUCACAGUUGCAGAGGCCCUACCUUUGGCUUGCCGCCGUUGGCGCCGUGCAGAUGGAAUCGGUGAUGGAUCCGUUUGCCGAAUUCGAGUUGCCAAGUCGGGUAGUACAAAUUUGA